AUGUUUGUCUAUGAAGGCAGACUCAAUUGGGGCAGUUCCGCUCGCGAUGAGACAGCUGUCAUUAUUUUGCCUUCCGGCACGAUGCGUCCCGGAGACCCUGUCUUCAUCCUGUCACAGUGGACCCGUGAUUCCGGAGGAAACAUGAAGGCUCCCCUAUCCCAGAAAAUAACUAUCGACAAGGUCACCAAGACUGUCGAUGGUAACGACACCUUUACAGUCAAGCCAGGCUACUACAGAUGGAACAUGACCUCCCGUGACAACUACGGCAAGCUUGACUUUGUCUUGUCCACAGACACCACUACAGCUACAAGCCGUAUGGAGUUUAAGCGCGUCUGGAAGCCUGCGAACCCACAAUCAAAAGAAGCCGGCAAGAUUUGGGUCAGCAAACUCACCUGGCCCGUCUUGGCAGAUAAUGAAUUUUGCCUAUUUAUUGCCCCUGAAGGGUUUGGCGAAGGAAAGCCUUUCCUCUCAAUGUGGCAGUGGUCCUAUGAUAAAUAUCUCAACGAAAGAGUACCAAUUUUCCGGGUUGGGAAACAGAGCAUUGGCGCACUUGACAGUGACUCUGCCAUGUUCACUUGUGAACUGGACUCUGACUACCUGGUUACAUGUGCCUGGGAAAAGACAACUGAUGUCCUUAAUGUUUUUAUGAAGGGACCAGAAGGAGACCAGGAGGUAGGCGAGUUUAAGGUAUUUGCAAAUACAAAGCCUCAUGACGGGGCUUCAGACGAAGUUGCAGAGCUGAAGAGAAAGAUCAAGGAGUUGACUGAUAACCUCACUGCUGAGAAAGCAAAGACUGCCAACUUGACGUCACAGCUUGCUCAAGCCCAAAUAACCUGCCAAGCUGAGAAGACGCAGAAAGAUAACGAGAUCACGAGAUUGAAAGAUAAAGUCUCUCAGCUAGAGAGGGACAAGACUGCUAUUCAGACUAAACUUGACGAAGCUCUACGCAGCAAGGGCGACCAAGGCCAGAAAGAUACCAAGAUCAGUGAGCAGGCUACUCGCAUCAGCGACCUUGAGAAGAAGCUUCAAAACCGGCCUCAGCUCUUGUUCCGUUGUCAAUUCAGGAGCAGAAUAACACACAGUGAUGCGCAGUGGAUGCUCCAAGUGACUAACGUAGGAUUUCCCGGGAACAGUCCUCCCGUUUCCAUCAAAGAGCAUCGCGUUUGGAAUAUAAGCCCAUACUGGGAGAUUUAUGCUGUUCACAGCUCCAGUAAUGCUGUACUGCUUGUGAACUCGCAUACCGGCUAUAAUCUUUGGUCCAAGGGAAAUCAACAUAAUGCCCAAGCCACGCACCACGACUAUUCAGACCCUGCAGCGCAUUGGGUUCUAGAGGGUACAAGAAGAGAUGACGCUAGAAUGAGCGAUAUAAUCAAGUCAGAUUCGUAA